AUGAGCGUUUCCCAACCAUCGUUCAAGGUCGGGCUUACUCAGGAGGAAAAGAAACUCUACUCGCAGUUGUUCAAGUCUUUGGACCCAGAGGGCAGUGGUAUUGUCACUGGGGAGAAGGCAAGAGCGACGUUCGAGAAGACUGGAUUGCCUCCAAACAUUUUAGGUGAAAUCUGGCAGCUUGCAGACCACAACAAUGUUGGUUUUUUGACGCAAUUUGGCUUUUGCUACGCUAUGCGUUUGAUUGGGUACACACAAGCGGGCCACUUUCCUACGGCGGCGCUUGCUGAACAACCGGGACCUUUACCAAAAUUUGCUAACCCAAACCCAGGGUCCCCUGGCCCCUCUCACUUGGCGCCACAGCUGACGAGCAGCUCGUUUCUUCAAACACAGCCCAGCUCGUUGAUUCCGCAAAAUACUGCUACUCAGCAGUUGCAGCCUCUGGACCCGAUUGGACCCGUGUCUCCAGAAGACUACGAGCGUUUUAAGCAGAUGUUUGUGAAAACCACCGGCUCAGAACUGGUGCCCUUGAAUGGCAACGCCGCAAAGGACAUCUUGAUGAAAGCUAAAUUGCCUACUGCAACUUUGGGUCAGAUUUGGGCUCUUGUAGAUGUUCACAACAAGGGAUCUUUGGACUUGCAUGCUUUCGUCAUAGCCAUGCACUUGAUCCACGGCUUGCUCAGCGGCUCCAUCAAAACCUUGCCUCCAUUUUUGCCAGAGACCGUGUGGCAAUCCGUAGAUGUCGCCAAACUGGCCGAGAACCAAGGCACACGUCAGGUCUCACAAGCUUCUGUGAGCUCCCAACUGUCAACAGUCAGACAUCCCCCAGCAAGUUCCGGCAACGAAUGGGCUGUAUCGCCUCAGCAAAAGCAAAUGUUCGACGCGAUGUUUGACAAUUUGGACACCCAGAGGACGGGAAAAUUGUCUCCGGAUCAGGUGGCCAAUUUCCUCAUGACCUCCAGGUUGGGUCAGCAGGAUCUUGCGACGAUUUGGGACUUGGCAGAUAUUCAGAAUACUGGCAUAUUCACUAAGCUUGAGUUCUCCAUCGCGUUGUUCUUAGUGAAUCGGAAGAGAUCUGGCCUCGCUUUGCCUAACGUUGUACCCCAGACUUUGAUUCAGUCCUUAUCCGGCGGAACCCAACAGGUCUCCCAGUCUCAACCUCAGCAGCAAACACAGGCUCACCAAGCGGCUGCCGCCCCUUACGCAGAGAAAGCUCCUGCUGCACAAACUUCGAAAGCUAAGUCAUCUUUGGACGAGUUGGCUGACGUAUUUGGCUCUCAAUCUCCACCUCCUCAGACUGCCAAGCCGGCAUUGGAGCAGCGUGCUAGCUCCAGUGACUUGACAGGCACAGAAUUGCCAAAGGUUCGCAAGCAAUUGACUUCGUCAUUUAAGCCUACCUCCUCUUUUGGUCAGUCGCUUCUUUCUCAACAGCAACCUAAACUGUCCCCUGUCCACGAACCUCCAAAUUUGAUUGGUGACGAUGUUCCUAAAUCUUCAGCUAGUCCAGUGCCUGCCAAGGAAGUCACCUCUUCGCAGGUCCAACAGGCUUCACCAGUUAAACCUCAGGAACAGCAAAAGACUGUUGACUAUGAAGCUUUGAGGUCCGUUCCUCCUCCGCCACCAAAGAGAGGAACAGAAUCUGCUGGUCAGGAAUCUACUUUGUUCACACCAAGCGCAGAUCAGACAGCUGCGAGAUCUACAACUCAGCAGACAGCACCUCAAAAUAAUGACUUGUUAGCUGACUCUGAAGUAUCCGGUCAGUUGUCUCAGGCGAAUACUGAUAUUGCGAACAUAUCAAAUCAAAUCAAGUCUUUGACUUCACAGACCUCUAACUUGCACGAGAAAAAGACCAGAGCUGACCAAGAGUUGACGCGUAUCUUGGCGGUGAAGCAAGAAAUCGAUAACAAGUUGAAGACGCUCCGGGCAUCGUAUGCGAAUGAAGUCAAACAAGUUGAGCAGGUUGAGGCCACUUUGCGCACAGCCAGAGAAGAGACGGAGGCUCUAAGAUCAGAGGCAUCUAUCGCGGAAGCAAAACUCAAUAAUGUUUCUGGUGAGCUUCAUGAAAAGCAAGUUGCUGUUGAGGAGUUGCAGAAGACUAACAACUCUUUGCGUGAAAAAUUAGGCAACUUGAAUGCUGAGAUUGCUGAAGUCGAAAAGACAUUGAAACUGAAACAAGCGGAAAAUACCAAGCUUUCAAAUGACGUGAACGUGAAGAAGUCUCAAGUCCAGGUGUCAAUUGUGAAGAUUGACGAGAUAAAGCUGAAAAUAGCCGAGUUGGAGGACAAUACUCGUCACUUGCAUGAAGAACAUGCUAGCCUUGAGAAGCAGGAAGUCCAAAAUGAGCAGCAGGCCAGAGAGUUGCAAUCAAAGCAUGCAGACAUUCAGGAACGUUCUCAGCAACAGUCAUCGAAAUCUAAGCUUGGACUUGGAGCAGCUGCCACCGCUGCGGCGGGUGCUGCCCUUGGUGCUGGUGUUGCAGGUGCUCAUUUUGUGGGUAGCUCUGAUGAAGAUAAUAAGGACGCCGAGACUAAAGAGGUUCAAAGUCCUUCUCCCGCGCAAAACACUGUUGACACAGAAAAAUCACCAGCUCAAGUUAUACCGGGAUCUUUGGAGUCACAACUCAAUGUAAAUGAAGAGACUGAAGAUGCUGUGCAGCAAACAGAGAAGAUGCCUGGUCAUGAGGAGCCUUUUGUCAAUGCCAUCGUCCACGAGGUUCAGGAGAAGCCAACAGAGGAUAUGACAGGCGUCGAUGACUUCAGCGAAGCAUCGCAUCACGGACAAGCCCAAAAGGGAUCGAAGUCUGCUGAUGCCAAAUUCCUGGAUGAUGAUGAUAUCAAGAAUAGAUUUCCUGAAGUGCCUUACGAUAAUGGUACAAAUCAUACUACGACCUCGUCUGUUGCCACAGACUAUUACAGGAGAACUGAAUACAGUGAAAGAAGUGAAACACCUGUUACCUCCCCUAAUAGCUCUGAUUAUCAAUUCCAGUCAUCAGGAUCAGGUAUACCUGGAAGCAUGGUUGGAAUGCCAAACGUUCUCGUUGGUGUACAACGCACAGAUUCGUUAACAUCUAGCAUCCAAAACAACCCGUCAAUGUCAGUUCGUGAUGACAAUAUUGGUGAUGUCAGCGAGCGUGAAACAUUAAGCGGCGACAUCCCUGUUUCGCCUGCACCCUCUAAUCAGAUACCAAGAGCACAGAAGGAGCAGGAAGGGCAGGAGUCGAGCGAAGGAGAACGUAUAUCAUCUGGGGUUGAGCUGUUUGAAAUGGUUAACGCAGAUGAAGCAAGAGCUUUGGAAAGCCAUCUGGCACCACAACAAGCUUCACAUCCUCUUGCUCAAAGCUUUGUGCAACCCUCUGGAAGUCAAGGCGAUACCACACAAAGUCAGGGACAAGAUGAGGAAUUCCCUCCAAUUCGUGAGCUCGAAGUCGAUGAAAGUUCCUCUGACGAAGAGCCUGAGGAUGAGUUCGAUGACGCCGUCGACAACUUGAACAAUCAAGGUGGUACGACUCAAGCUCCCAGAGACGAGUUUGACGAUUUCGAGGAUGACCUCAGACCUGCAACACAGGAGGCCGGACAGGCUACUGAUGCAUUCGAUGAUGAAUUCGAUGGUUUGAAGACCGCACAGGCUGACAAAGAAGAGGACUUUGAUGGUGGUGAAGGUGAAUUUUCGAUUGAUGACCAUUUCACUGGCGUCGACGAUGCUGUUGUCUCGACCCACCCAGACUUCACUGGUGCCGGACAAAACAAGCCAGAAAGCAACGAUGAGUGGGAGCAGUUGUUCGCCGGCUUUGGCAAUGCAGCAGCUCCAAGCCAAUCUGCUCCUGUAGCAGCUCCAGAUGUCACGCUGCCUGAUGCAUCAAAAGAUCUUGCGAUCCAGGAACUUGUGGGUAUGGGUUUUGAGAAGGGCGUAGUUAUCGAUGCGUUGGAAAAAGAGAACUGGAACGUGGAAGCCGCAACCAACUACUUGUUAGAUCAUGCUUAA